AUGUAGGGCCGUCCCUCGACUCGUCUAACCAACUAACCAACCUCCUCAGCUGGUAGCUAGCUAGCAAUAAUUGAUAAUAGGUACUGGCCGACGGACGUUUCCGAUCGAAGGGAGCAAAAUAUUUGUUCAAAUUUCUACCACAAUCAGUUUGUCCCUCGGCAGCACGCUCGAUGCAUGAUCGGCGCAUACUUCUCAUUAGGCAUCAGUAUAGGUUAUCGGGACCUCCUGAACGAGGCACGGAAAACGAGGACGCCAGUUGAGAUUUUAUGUGAAACUAGUGCGACGGAAGGUGGCGAGCGCGCAAUAAUCUUCGGACAAACACUUCCAGUUAUCAUUCAAACGGAUUUAUACCUAACAUCUCAUAAAAUGGUUAACCGAGCCUUCGUCAGUAGCCUGGUGGCGAUUUCGGCUGCCGAAUCAUCGGUUCACACCAACAGUUCCGCCUCGGUGGUAAUCGCAGCGGGUGCUCCCUUGCCGGUUUCGGUCCGACGGAACAGUCUUCCGGCGGCACCUAUCUUCAAACCGAUCGUUCCCACAUCGAAAACGCCCAUCAGAAUGACACACGAUCGAACACCGACCGCAGAUCAGGCUGCCAAGAGGACUCAGGAAGCUCGCGAAAAGCUCCGCACGGCACAGAUCGUCUGCUUCGACGUUGACUCAACGAUCAUCACCGAAGAAGGUAUCGAUGAGCUGGCUCAGUACUGCGGCAAGGGCAGCGAAGUGGCGGCAUUGACCAAGGAAGCGAUGGGUGGCAGUAUGACCUUCCAGGAGGCUCUGAAGCGACGGCUGGACAUUAUUAAGCCCUCGCAGCGACAGAUUCGAGAAUUUUUGAAAACCCACCCGAGCACAAUUUCGCCCGGAGUGCGGGAACUGAUCGAUCAGUUGCGGAGAAACAGUGCCGAGGUCUAUUUGAUCAGCGGGGGAUUCGAUUGUCUGAUCGAGCCGGUUGCCGAUGCGUUGGAAAUUCCCCUCUGCAAUCUGUUCGCUAACAAGCUGUUCUUCCACUUUAAUGGAAGCUACGCCGGAUUUGACACCAAUCAGGUCACAUCGAAAUCGGGCGGCAAGGGCGAGGCGAUCAACAUGAUCAAGGGCCGGCUGAACAGUGAUAAAAUUGUAUUCAUGAUCGGCGACGGAAUGACCGAUCUCGAGGCUUGUCCACCCGCAGACUACUUCAUCGGUUAUGGAGGAAACGCAAUCCGGGACGAGGUUCAAAAACGAGCGACGUAUUAUGUAACUAACUUUGCCGAUCUGCUGUGGUAAAACUGGAGAAAAAACGUCACCGGCUGACGUGUUGAUAAAAUACUUCAUCUAUCCAUUACUCAAAUCUACAAGUGUAAAUAUAUCUUUUCUGAUUAAGAUUCCAUUAAACGAUACUAGAGCAGUAUAUACAAAGCAUUCAUAUGCACUUUCAAA